GAGGAUCAACCAUGUUUCUUGAUCAGUUGUCCUGGAUUCUUGAAAGUAAGCUAAAGCAGACUUAAAAUGCUUUCUGUUCCUAUUUGCGGGAUAAAUUUGCUGCUGCAACUGUAGGUCUUUAUUGUUUUACACAUGAAAAACGACUAAUCAUAGUGCAGGCAAAAUUCAAGCCUUACACCUGGGCUGUAUUCUUAUAAGAUAAUGUGCAAGAACGGAAGACAAUAUGAAUAAUCAUACUUCAAUAUCCACUUUUCUACUGAUGGGAUUCUCAGAUGUCCGAGAACUGCAGAUCUCUCACUUCUUCAUAUUUCUAGCAUUGUACCUGCUGUCAGUAACUGGGAACCUUUUCAUUCUCAUUGCAGUGGCCUUGGAUUACCACCUUCAUACUCCCAUGUAUUUCUUGCUGUCCAAUUUAGCAGUGUUAGACCUUGGCUCAGUGUCAGUCACAGUGCCCAAAUCCAUGGCUAUGUCCCUUGCAGAUGACACUUCAAUUUCAUAUUAUGGAUGCGUUGCUCAGGUGUUCUUUUUUAUCUUCUUUUUUGCUACAGGUUUUUGUGUCUUAAUUCUAAUGGCUCAUGAUCGCAAUAUUGCUAUUUGCAAACCCCUCCAGUAUGAAAGAAUCAUGCACAAAAGAGCCUGCUUGCAGAUUGUGGGACUAGGAUGGGUUGCUGGUCUUUGUUAUGCCCUAUUACAUACUGGUGGCACCUUUGCAAACACCUUCUGUUCCAACACAGUCCAACAGUUCUUCUGUGAAAUCCCACAGUUACUAAAGCUCGCCUGCUCUGACCUUUAUCUCGUGGAAGUUGGGCUUCUUGUACUCAGCUGCAGUACAGCAAUAGGAUGCCUUAUCUUCAUCAUCAAAACCUAUGUGCAGAUCUUUGCUACGGUGCUCAGAAUCCCCUCAGUACAUGGUCAGAGAAAAGCCUUCUCCACCUGUAUUCCUCACCUCACUGUUGUCUCUGUGUUAAUACUGUGUGGAAGUUCUGCUUAUGCAAAGCCUCGGUCUGAUACAUCAUCUGAUCUGGAUGUAGCUUUUGCUGUGAUAUAUUCCAUAAUCCCUCCCCUGUUGAACCCAUUCAUCUAUAGCAUGAGAAACAAAGAUCUCAAGAAUGCUUUGUGGAAAUUGGUAAAUUUCAGACAUUCCUCUAAAACCAUUUCAUCUUAUCUUUAGUGUUAACUGUGUAUUAAUGUAGUCCUAUUCAUAUUGGUUAUUAAUCCUGAUUCCCUUGUUACUGUCUCAUUUAUCUUUCCCAAUUCAUGUUUACCCUCUUGAGUUAUAUUGCCUCUAUGUUUUUUGGAAUAUUGUAUUAUUUGUAUUAUUUGCCUAUGAACAGCUUCCACUGAUACCUCUUCUAAUCUGGUAAUUGGAUUUCCCAAGAUAUACAUAUUUCCUCCUGUGCUGAAUCCAUUCCUCUACCACAGCAGCUCCCAAACCUGAGUCCCUGGAUGUUUCUGGACUACAACUCCCAGAAAUCCUGGCCACCAC